AUGACGGUGCUUCGUGGACGCGACGUGGAGGGGGACGGCGACGCGGCGGCGGCGCGAUGGAGCGAGACGCGCGCGCGGGCGAGACGGGCGCGUGCUUCGGGACGCGUGGGCGAUGCGUCGGCGGUGGUCGGGGUGGAGGGUGAUGGUGGUGAUGAUGCGAGUGAUUCGUCGAGCGAUUGGGGGGGGUGGGAGGGGGAGGAAGAGGCGAUGGGGGACGCGGCGGAGCUCGAGGCGAAGACGACGGCGACGCCCGAGCGGGGCGAUUCGCGCGAUGACGACGAUGGGUCGAUCGAGAGCGACUCGGACGUGGUGUCGGUGAAGUAUUUUCCGCCGUUGAUGUAUCUGUCGGUGGGUGAGGACGCGUUCACGCUGCCUCCGGGGCUCGCGCGAGACGUCGGUCGCGACGCCGCGCGCGCGCUGACGGGGGAAUCGAGGACGCACGGAGUGGUCGGGCAUUACUUGGCCGAGAUCGCCGCGCAUUGGGCGCUCGUGCCGGAUUAUUUUGCACUCGGCGCGAACGCCGAGGCGGUGGCUCGAGUGGCGGCGACGACGCGCGUCGAGCCGGUGGGCGUCGACGCGAGCGCAAAGCCGCGUUCGGCCGCCGUCGUCAUCGUCGAUAGAGAGAUGGAUUUGAUGACACCGAGCACGAGUCGAGAUGGAUGGCUCGAGCGCGUGUUGGACGACGACUCGAGAGACGUGGACGCGACGGAACGCGUUGCGUCCAUGUUGUGCCCGCUCUCGAGCGACGCGGCGGCGGUGGCCCUUGACGAGGCUCUGUGCGCGAAGACCGCUCGAGACGGGGCGAUUCUCAUUCAAAAGCUUCUCAGAGAGGCACUGCGCGCGGAAUCCAUCGAUGCACCGGUGAUCGAUGCGAAACAGACCGGAGUCGUCGCCGCCGAAGACCUAGAGACGCUGACGCAGGCGCUCGAGUCUGAUCCGAACGUCGCUUUGCGUCGUCGCGCGUUGAUUCAGCGCGCCAAGCUCACCGCGAGCGGACUCACGAGUGAGAAGGAGAUGCGAGCGAACAGGCAGAUCAUCGCUGUACAGCGACUGACGUCCGCGGCGCUCGAGGGUGGUGCUCGAGCGGUGUGCGCGACGACGAUUGAGAUUCUCAAAAUGUUGUACUCAGCGGGCGGCACUGCGGCGGGGCGCGUGCGUGAGGCGUUGGCGCUCAUCUUAGCCGCGUACGUCAUCGCGUGCGAGUCGAACGCGUGCGCGCGAAUCGACGACAGAGGACGUUCGCCGUUUGCGGAGCGAGACGAGACGGAGCUUCGAGACGCGUUUCUCAACGCGCUUCUCGCGAGCGACGCCGACGCCGCGCGCGAGCAACUCGGCGCGACUUUCGAUGCCAGAGCGCUCGCGGCCAUCAACGUCGUUCGACAGCGCGGUGGCACGACGACGACGACGCUCGCGGAGAGCGCCAAGACGGACGAAGCGGACGAUUGGGGCGACGACGACGAUUGGGGCGACGACGAUUGGGAAAAUCCAGCCGCGCCGAGAGACAAUCCGAGCGGUGAUGACGCCGGGACGACCACGAGUACGUUCUCAAACGAGGAUGAUCCCGAGGUGAAAGUGGCCCUGAACGAUGCUCGAGCCGCGGUCGAGCGCACGCUCGCCCGAGCCGGUCGCGUCGCCGCCGCCGGUCGCGGUUGCCUCAAGCAUCCGCGAACAGAGCCGACGUCGCUCUACGCGCACGGCUUACCCAAUCCCACGAUAUUGGAUCUCAUCGAUCGAGUACAAUCAGCGACGGAUGAUCAAGGCGUGUGCGCUAAUUUUGUCCACGUUGCCUCAUCGCUCGGUGGCUUGCUCAAGCGCGCCGCGAACACUGCGUCGGCGUCAAUCGUCACCGGCGCCAUGGGUCGUCUCGGCGCUCUCAUCGACAAAGUCACCGCCGCGCCCAAACCGAGCGAUCGUGACGUUGUCAUCAUCUUCAUCCUCGGUUCAGUCUCCUUGGGCGAGUUCUCAUCCUUCAAGGCUAAUCGCGUUUGCGCCAUCGAGCGUGCUCAAACGCAACGCGGCGCCAAAUCCGCCCAAAUCAUUCUCGGCGCUCUACGUCUCGAUCGCUCCGGCGACGCCGCCCUCGCCGCGCUCACCGCUUAA